AUGGAAGAGAGCGAAGUCACCUCUGUGGGCUCAAAUUCGACUGAAGGCGUGUUUGGGUUUCUGGAAGAGGGCGCACAGGAAUAUCAAGGAUCAGACAGUGAGGACGCCGGGUUAGGUCAAGCCAGAAAGCGGGCAAAGCGAUCUUCGCUGGCAUGUGUGCGCUGCCGAAGACGACAUGUUAAAUGUCCAGGCGGAAACCCGUGUGCAAAGUGUAAAUCUGCAAAUAUUGCUUGCGAAUAUAUGGAACCGAAUAAGAAGUUGAUUGUCUCUAUGAAAUACCUGCAAAAACUGCAAUCCGAUCUGGCCGAGAUGAAGAAGGAGAAUGUAAAGCUGCAGUCGCUAGUCAACUCCAUGGAGGCACAAACUGCAUCAAGAACUCUUCCGAAUAAGGAUGUUAAGGCAGAAGAUGUGCGGUUCCAGCGCAAUACUGUGAAUCAGCACUCCAGUCCUGUACCGCAAGGUGCUGAAGAUGAAGAGAUCGUGCCAAAUUUCACAGAACGUCGCGGGCGAGUAGUUGAAUCUCGGACUGGUCAGAAAUAUUUCGUGGGGUCUUCUUCAAUGACCCUGUUUGGGAUCGAAAUACAGUCACUGAUCCCCAAGUCUCUGUCUCAAAGAAACAAGAAAGGCAAGCUGCUCGAGAAUCAACAACUGAACUCUGCAAGUUCGCUCGUGGAGCCAAUUGACGCAGUUUUGCAAGAAGAAGGAAACGCAUAUCGGAUUGUAUUGGCUAAGAAUGAGGGUAAUACUGACAUUAGUGUCAACUUUUCUCUCCCUUCGUACUCCUAUGCGAUGCUGCUAGUGGAUACCUUUAUCACAUACAAUGAUGGAUGUUUUUAUUUUUUUAACGAAGGAAUAGUAAAGGAGCAGCUACGAGUAGUUUACGAAGGGGGCAGUAGCUUCGAAGAUCAUACCCUACAAACAAUUUGGUUUUGCAAAGUUUUACUCAUCUUUGCUAUUGGUGAAAUGUAUUUGGGAGCAUCCAAUCACAUCAAUGGUAAUAAAUUGUCAUCGAAAGAAGGUGCCAAGCUACCGGGCUCUGGAUUCUUUGAGCAAACAUCGAGAAUAUUUAGUUGCCUCUUUUCUAGUGGUCGCAUUGAAAAUGUCACCAAAAUUGGAGGUAUUGAAGUAAUGCUACUUUAUGCAUUCUAUUUGCAAGUAGCAGAUUGCACAGUUGCUUCCUAUUUCUAUUUUGGGCAGGCUUUGAGGACAUGCUUGAUACUUGGUUGGCACGUAGAUGCACAACGGGAUACUUUAACGAGGUUUGAACUUGAGCAUCGGAGGCGGCUGUGGUGGACAGUUUACAUGUUUGAACGCAUGCUGAGCAGCAAAGCGGGUUUACCUUUGAGUUUCACUGAUGAUACAAUUACCACUGAACUUCCCGACGAUUUUGAUAUGACUAAGCCGCCGCCAGGAUGCGAGCAUUACAUUUUCCCGGAGGCUGAAUAUAUCACAAACUGUGUGAGGAUUACUCAAAUAAAUGCUCAAAUUUUGAAUAAACUUUAUCAAAGACAACCUGGAUCUAAUAUAUUACCGAUUUUGAAAGAUAUCGUAAUGCAAUUGCUAGAGUGGAGAAAAACUCUUUCUGAUUUUUUACAAGUCGACUUCACUCAAAAGAGGCUCAAAAUUUCACGCUUGUGUACUAAUAUGUUCACUGAAUACUUCCAAGGUAUGAAUCUUGCAAUCAGACCUUUACUUUUCCAUUUUGCCUCUAUUCAACUGAAGCAGUUGGAGAGUUCCAAUUCAUUUAUAAAUUUACAAAACUACUCAAAAACUGUUUCUUCACUUUUAAACUGCUCAUUGCAAGCAUCGAUUAAUUCAAUACGCUCUUUGUGGUGUUUGAAAGGCCAAAACAUGGUGGCGCUCUUUGGGUAUAUGGAUAGAGAGUAUUUGUUCACGUCUGCAUGCACACUAGUUCUUUUUAAUACAGCGUUUGGUAUUCACGAGCAAACGGCAGAGCAUCUUGACCACGCAUUGUUGAUAUUUACUAAAAUGAGAAAUCUCGGAAAUAAUCCCGCUGGACUAAGACGCGCCCAAUUACUUAAACUCAUGAGCAACCUGGAUUUUCAUAAUGUUAUGAAAGAUCUCAUUGAGAAACAUAAUGAUGCUUUGAAACCUGAUGCUCAAUUUGAUGAUCAUGAUGACAAGGAAGUUGACAUAGUAUCUUACGCUUCUACAAGUCCGACCAAUGUUCAAAUGGAUAUGUCAUCCUCAACUGAGCCUAAAUUCAAAAGUCUUCACAAUAGUGAUACUCAAGUCAUUGAAGGAAAUAAUAGCACCCUUGAACCCUUUAAUUUGGAGACCAGUAGCGACAUACAGACACUAUUGGAAGGCUUGGAAAAUAUAGGAAAAAAUGACAACCAAUUAUGGAAGGAGAUCUCUGAUCAAGCAAUGUGGUUAGGCAACUCUAUGGAUCCAGCUGGUGCAGCUGGUGAGGAGAACGGGCAAGGUGAACUUAAGUUCUCAGAUAUAAAAUAA